GCUUUCGCAGCAGGUCCAGCUGGCGAAGCAGCGCAGAAUAAGAACGCGCUUGUCGGCCCGUCGACAAGCAAAGGGCCUUGGACGCAGACGACAAGGAUGGGCUGCUGGCUGUCGCGGUGCUUGCCGGACGGAACCAUGACGGCGAACCUCGAGGAAGAGCUCUACGAAGACGUCGGCGUCCGUGCGACGCAAGCGCCAGCCGUCGUCUUUGGCCAUGCAUCGCUCCUCACGGCGGACGAAGUGAGCUGCGGGCCGGCCAUCGGCAAGGGCGAGUCGGGCGUCGUGUACAAGGCCUCGUACCGCGGCAGCACGGUCGUCGUCAAGCGGCUCGCCAUACCACCGCCCAACGGAGGCAAACCAUCCAACCGCGAGACCAUUUCGGCUGCGCUCGAGAUGGAAGCGUCGCGCAUGAGCAGCUUGCGCCACCCGAAUACCGUCCUCUUCAUGGGCGCGUACCUCAACGAGAACCAGUUUUGCAUCGUGAGCGAGUACUGUACGCGGGGGUCGCUCUUCGACGUGCUGCAUGAGAAGCGCAACUCGCACGGCAGCGGUCGGAACGGCUCGGACCCGCUGCACGUCGCCGCCUUGCCGUGGAGCUUGCGCUGUCGCCUCGCGCUGGGCGCUGCCCGUGGCCUACUGUACCUCCAUUCGGCCGACCCGCCGCUUGUCCAUGGGCAGCUCAAGAGCUCCAACAUCCUCAUUGACGACUCGUGGAACGCCAAGCUCGCGGACUUCGGCACGCGGCGCGUCGCCCAAGCUGUCUCGGCGCAUCCCAAGCACGGAAAUCGGUCGAUCAUGCCCCGCUGGACAGCACCGGAACUGCUCAAGCACGGCGAAGACUACGUGUGGCACGGCCCCAAGCCACAGGCUGUCGACAUUUACUCGUUUGGCAUCAUCAUGUGGGAGCUCGCCAUGUUCGAGCUGCCGUUCGACGACUGCACCAAUUUCCGCGACGUGCGCAGCAACGUGCUGUCGGGGCAGCGCCCGAGCGUCAAGCCCGGCGCGUGCCCGAUGAAGUGGGCCGAACUUAUGACGAAAUGCUGGACGCACAACGCGUCGCGGCGACCGUCGGCGGCCGAGAUCGUCUCGGUCCUCGAAGACCUCUCGCGCUCCGAGCUUGUCGAGAAGAAGCAGUCGUCGCAGAGCAAGGCCAACAGUAGACGAGCUAGAAAUGUAUGAUCAUUUAUUACCAUUAGAACGAACGCAUCCUGAAUUCGUC